CUUCGACACAAACACAAACACAAACACAAACACAAACACAAACACACACUGUAGAUUGUGUUUAUAUAUAAAAUUAGUUUAAGAGAUGUCGUCGAAGGUAGAAGUGGAAGUUGAGGUGAAAUCGAGCGCAGAAAAGAUUUGGGAAAGCAUCCGAGAAUCGACCACCGUCUUCCCCAAAGCGCUGCCCAAUCAGUACAACUCCGUCGAGCUUCUCGAAGGCGACGGAAAGUCCGCCGGCUCUGUUCGUCUGAUGAAGUACCCACCCAAUGCAGGUUCGACGGAAAUAACGAGUUCGAAAGAGAAGAUAGAAGAGGUGGACGAAGAGAAGAGAAGCCUGAGCUACAUUGUGAUCGACGGAGAUGUGUUGAAAUACUACAAGAACUUCAAGGCGAGCCUAGGUGUGAACACUAAAGGCGACGGAAGUGUCGUGAAAUGGUGCUGUGAAUUCGACAAGGCGGAUGAACAAGUUCCCGAUCCAGAUAUCAUCAAGGAUUUUGCUAUCAAGAGUUUCCAGGAUUUGGAUGCUUAUUUACUUUCUCACUAAUUAUUUCAAUAAUAUAUGUAAUAAUAAUAAAUAAGAAGUGUUCUUGGUUUAUUAUAUUGAUUCUGCAUUUGAGUUUGUAAUGUUUUGAAUUCAAUAACAUAUGCUUUUGCAUAUGAAAUAAAUAAAUUAAUGUACUACUUAUUUUCUCUUUAUUA